GUCAUUUCUGUUCUGCGCUCUCCCGGCGUUUCGCGAGCGAGACGAGACGCGCGAGUAAUGCGAGUCGACGCAUCGAUUCCUCGUCGCGUUCACGAUCGGUCGACGUGCCGCCGAGCCUCGAACGGAUCGCGAUAGAUUAUGCUAUCCCUGGGAGAACACAGGAUCAGAUCCAUUAGGACGCGUGCACCAAGCCCGAAGAGAACCAAAUCGCAAGAUGCGCCGAACGGACUCGUGAAUAACUAGACUAAGUUCGCCCAGAAAUGAUACUGCAAGUGAUCGUGUUGAUCCUCUCGGCGGGGAUAUGCCACGGUAAUCCCGACGCAAAAAGACUGUACGACGACCUGUUGUCGAAUUACAAUCGACUGAUUCGUCCCGUUUCCAACAACACGGACACCGUCAUUGUUAAACUAGGACUUCGUCUUUCUCAACUCAUAGAUCUAAAUUUGAAGGAUCAAAUCCUCACGACGAACGUUUGGCUGGAACACGAAUGGCAGGAUCAUAAGUUUCAGUGGGACCCAGCUGAAUACGGAGGUGUCACUGAACUGUAUGUGCCUAGCGAGCACAUAUGGCUUCCCGACAUUGUCCUUUACAACAAUGCCGACGGAGAAUACGGAGUGACUACAAUGACAAAAGCAAUUCUGCAUUACACCGGAAAAGUUCUUUGGACACCUCCAGCGAUUUUCAAGUCGUCCUGCGAAAUAGACGUUAGAUACUUCCCCUUCGAUCAACAAACCUGCUUCAUGAAAUUCGGCUCGUGGACCUACGACGGUUUUCAGAUCGACUUGAAGCAUAUUAAUCAAAACAUGGGAGACAAAGUGGAGGUUGGCAUCGAUCUCCGCGAGUACUACCCCAGCGUAGAGUGGGACAUACUGGGUGUACCGGCGGAACAACACAAGAAAUUCUACCCCUGUUGCGUGGAGCCCUAUCCCGACAUUUUCUUCAACAUCACGUUACGCCGCAAAACAUUGUUCUACACGGUGAACCUGAUUGUACCGUGCGUGAGCAUCUCGUACUUAUCGGUGCUGGCUUUUUACCUGCCCGCCGACUCCGGCGAGAAGAUUGCUCUUUGCAUUAACAUCCUGCUGUCGCAGACGAUGUUUUUCCUCCUAAUAUCCGAAAUCAUACCAUCUACGUCGCUGGCGUUGCCAUUACUGGGCAUGUACUUGCUAUUUACGAUGGCACUGGUCGGUGUGUCCGUAGUAGUAACGAUUAUCAUACUAAACGUACACUAUCGGAAACCGAGCACCCAUAAAAUGGCGCCGUGGGUCAGAAAGAUCUUCAUAAGAAAAUUACCAAAGCUGCUGUUCAUGAGGGUACCUGAUGAUCUUCUGAACGAUCUCGCCGCGCACAAGAUACACGGAAGAGGCAAAUCCGGCAAAAAGAACAAAUUCAAUGCAGCCGUUACAGCCGCUAUGCAAUCUUUCCCGAUAGUGUCUUCGCCGGACUCUGCUCGGCAUCAGCGGAUCGGCGGUAUGUAUUUACGAUCAAAUUCUCAUUUACGGCCGUCUUACGAGCAUCAUGCGAUAGAUCGAUCGAGAUCUCGUGGAUGCAACGGCUUGCAUACAACGACCGCGCAUAACAGAUUCUUGGGUGGCAUAGGCGGUUACAACGGACUGCCCACAGUGUUGUCCGGUUUAGAUGAAUCCUUGAGCGACGUCACUCCGAAAAAGAAGUAUCCUUUCGAGCUCGAGAAAGCUUUGCACAACGUGAUGUUCAUUCAGCACCACAUACAGCGGCAAGACGAAUUCAAUGCCGAGGAUCAAGACUGGGGUUUCGUGGCGAUGGUCCUGGACCGACUUUUCCUCUGGAUCUUCUCAAUAGCGUCCAUUGUCGGCACUUUGACCAUUCUUGGCGAGGCUCCGGCACUUUAUGACGACACCAAACCCAUCGACAUGGAGUACUCUUCUGUCGCUCAACAGCAAUUUCUCCCUCAUGAGAGAAAUGCAGACCCUUGAAGUGUAUCAACACCUCCGGCUUCUUCGUCUUUUUGUCACACGACGUAUACAAUGCUCGAUAACGUCUCGUAAUUUAAAAAAAAAAAAACAAAAUACACAUAUAUUUCAUUUGUACUUAUCACUAUAGUAUGUGCACACGACGAACAAAGUGCUCUUGAAUAACGUUAAAUCUGUUAUCGUACCGUUAAUGAGAACGUUGCAAUAUUAAUUGUAGAUGUUUUGUAACGUCGAUUAACGUAGCAGACACGAACGGGAUUUAAUUGGCCCGUCGUAGUCUAACCGUGUGUAGCGAAACUCAUCCUCUGCUCGAGUAAACAUCUUCCCGAAGAGCAAUCGAGAAUAUUGUUAUGUAGUGUACGGAAUUUUUCAACUAUUAAAAUAUAAACCAAACUUUUUCAAUACGAACGAAAUAUAUACUCGGAUCUGUUCGAUAUCUUGUAUGUCUAUAAAAAUAAAAUAAACGACAAUUACGAAGCACUUUAUUGUUGAUCCAUGAUUUUUCGACUUCUCUUCGAUAAUUUGUCAAUAUCGAAAUAGCAAUAACAUUUUGUGCCCCUGUAUAAAAAGUAAUCACCUAUAUUGCAAUUUCGUCACACUUCCAUCACGAUGUAAUACGAUGAACUAUGAAAUAUACCAUUGUAUACAUAUGUACCUAUCAUCUCGUAAAAUUCAGCCUCCAUUUAUACAGACCUGAACGCACUUUAAAACGAAGGUAUAGUUUAUUAUGUCCAACACGUAGAAGAAAAAUAUUAUACAUGUAAUGCACAUACGAACGUAUAAUGCCUACGUUAUACGCGCAACGACAACACAAAAUUAGUAAAAACCGAUUUAAACAAAUUCCAUACUAAAAUCUUAUAAUAUAAACCUCGACUGAAAGUAUAUAUAUAAUAUACAUAUGUAAGGUACACAAAUGCAUGUCUUUGACGUGUGAAUGGUUGAACAACACAUGAUUCGUUACAACUAAAAAUGUUUCGCCGAAUAUAUUAAUAUUAAUAAAGGUUUAAAACAUAUCCACAAGACCAUUUUUCUUUGUUCAGAUCCUCUUUACAUAAUUGACUUUUUACGAGUCUUUACUUUCUAAUUAGUAUAAAUAAAUUAAACGGAAUAUCGUUAUCGUUCGAGACACGAAAACAAAAACAUGCAAGGUCCAUAUAUAUUUCGCACAAAAAUAUCAUCUUUUACGAGACAAUUUACGGCAUUACAAUAUGCAGGGGUACGUUCCACCGAAAGUCCACGGAAGCACCAAUAAACGUGCGCGUCCUCGUGCACCAAGUCUCGUGGAAAGAAAACAGAAUUCCUACGUUACGUAGACUCAAACAAUUCAAUCUUUGCGAGCGACUAAUCGCUCUUCCGUGUUACAAAAAUAAAAAUACGCGAACACUGUUGCAAACAGGAAGUGGUGCAGCUUUCAUUCUGUACACGCUCUCUUGGUUCAUCCUUCUCUUUAUCGUCCUUCCUAAACGGAAAUUUACCGGAAGAAACACGGAAACGACUUCUGGGGCUCUUUAACGCGUUCAGUGUCCCUUGACCCGUGCCCGUGUCAACCUAACUUUGAAUCAUAAUAGAUCUUUCUAGGGUUAAUAUACCGUAGAUACUAAAGGGUACACUUAGUUCAAGCCGCAUCUAUGAUAAUAUGGACAAAAUCAUUUAAACCGAAUGUACCCCUCAGAGGCAUUAUUCUCAGCUGCCAAUGAUACAUUGUCAGCGUCGAAAUGUUCAGAUAGAGCUACACAGUACCUGGUCACUAUGCGUCGUCGCUAGUAUCUCUUCUAAUGACACUGACAACAAUGUCCGCCACUCUUUACACACGCAAUUAUAGCAGAAUCAACGAAAGAAUACAUCCUUUCGUUCCCUAUAUAUGUGAUACUGUAUUCGAACAUCAAACAAUUCCAUGGUCGUUAUUCAUAGCAUCCAAAUUCUCAUUAAUACUGCUACUAUUAUUACUAUCGCUUGUAAAUAUUAAUCAACUCGAUACCCAAGGUUCAUUUUGUCGAGAUCAAGUCGAUUCUUUCGUUGACUGCAUUAUAAAUGCAUACACUCACACGUGACGCUACAACCCAGAAACGAUCAUUCGAUUAUUCAACGCGUUGACUGUCACAUUAAAUUUGCGCGAGAGAACCACCAGGUCACGGUUUUCUAAAAGCAGCACGCGUAUUUACUUGAAACGAUCGACUACAUUCGGUCAUACUACUCGCGACCGACGUCUUCGAGCCCAAAAGCACGCAAAUGCAAAAUGACUUAAUGUCGGAUUAUGUUUCGAUAAGUCUAGAGUCUAUUACAUCUGUAAUACUUUAUUACUUUUAUACAGUACUUGUAUAAAUAUUUAGUGACUCCGCUUCUGAUUGGGUAAGUAAAACCGUAACCCAGCAAUGGGUGAUGUGACAGUCAACGUGUCGAAAGGUUCUCGAUAAUUCGUACUUAUCAUUUUUAUUAUUAUAAUUAUAUUAGCCCUACCUCACACUCUGGAAAAAAUAGGGACUAACGUCACGAUACGAUACGAGCAUAACCCAUAUUCGGAUGACGUUGCUCCCCGUGGAAGUCAAGUGUCACCCAUAUUCGAGUAAUAUGGCAGUCAACGUGUUAGGCCUGUUUUAGACGGCAUCGUCAACAUAAAAUCUCUCCCACACUCGUGUGAAAACAGUAAACUCGCGAAUCUCGCACAACUCUACUGCAAUUAGUCGUACGAUUCCAUCUAAAACAGACCCUAAGGCUACACAAAAUGGAGGGCUUAUCUCCAACAUCCGCGUCAUACCACACCAUAACCCAAACCUGAUUGUCACGACGAAGUUCCAUUUACAGUCGCUAGUAAAAUAUAGUACAUCUUCCAACGGAAGACAUUUACAUGGAAUGGCAAACUAAACGCUAGAAGGAAAACGUGUGUCUACGUUGAAAUCAUACAACGGUAACUGUGGCCCAAACACCAAUCCCUAGCUACUGAGCAUAGUGUCUAAGAGCCCUUACUAAAGCUAAAUUUCGCGCGAAUCAACCAGAAACGCAAACGAUCACGUUUCUGUAUCCUUCGUAUUUCAGGAAAAUCAAUUGUUCCAAAGAGAGAUGACAGAUAUAAACCUCGUCGCAACAGGUCUCUUUCCUUUCUUUCAGGAUAAAAUCUUCCUAAGACUACGAAAUACGAUAAAUGCAUGUGAGAACACUGCUCUUCUUAAAUUCAACGCUUGAAUGUAUCUUUAUAAUACCAUCUCAUUCUAUUUGCAAAACGUACGCACGCACACCGAGAGACAAACAGACACACGGACACACUCGCACACGAUCAUCUAAUUCGAAUCAAAUAUGGAAUCAAUAAACGUCGUAACCAUCACUCAUUAUACAAUAUUGCCUCUUUUCUUACACUCGUAUCGGAACAGUCAAAUUUCAUGACGAUUGCUCGAGUUGAAGGAACAUAAACAGUGUAAUAUCCCUAACGCAGAUUGGUGAAAGAAGCGAGGCAAUACUGUAUGUUGUAUCAUGAGUAUCAUCACGCAAGGAAUAAACGUCAUAUACAAUCGUACCUCGUAUUUACGUCUAAUUGGUUCCUGAGUAGCGGACGUAAGUAAAAACAACGAUUUGACGUAUGUCAAAGGUAAGUGUAUAGAUCUACUCAUAUAUAGCGUAUGUAUAUUCAUAAACGAAAACUUAUAUAGUAUCUCACAAACUCUGUCCAUUUAAAUAUCAUUAAAAUUGUUGAUGAUAUCAAAAAAUCUUCGAGGCAAAAAUUAAAUGACUUUGAGGGGUAAUCUAUUACAAUUAUCUAUUCUAUUAUAAUUAUUUCUUUAGUAAAUAAUUCGUGAUCCAUGAAUUGAAUCACACUUGUGAUAUUUGGAAGUAGCAUCAUUAUUUCCGCUCCUGUAUCAAUAUCUAAUAAUAAUAAUAUUUUAUAUUGUACAUAUUGAGAAUCAGACAAUAUUUAACUUGUAGUCAGACAGAAAUUGAACACGUCGGAUACGAAUGUACAAAAUAAAACAAACGCCGAUCGUGUUGUUAUUAACAACUAGAUUUAUCGGGAAACCCCCGAUGGCAAGGACGUAAGUCGAGGUACGACUGUAACAGUGUUUCUCAUACCAUUUCAUAAAGAUGUCUUUUAACACCAUGACGGCCAAUCUCAUAUCCGUGCAAAUCCACGACUUCGGAUCAUCAUUUAGAGCAAGCCCAGUAGUAUAAUCCACUCUCGUAUUUAUUUUGAUUUGUAGAACGCGGAAUCGACCAGCCCUUAAAUUCGCGCUCAAAUUUAUGAUAGGAAAAAACCAGCUAAGCAAAGACGCGGAAAGGAGAGACUUGUGGCAGGGCAAAAAUUUACUCGCAAGAUAUCCUUCUCUUUUAUGUUACAAAAUUUUUUAAUUUUCAUCGGAUAGAAGAUAAAACACCCUUUAAAACGAAUUUUGUUCCAAGUCGAUACCGUAGUUAGUUCUAGAGAAAACAACUAUUUAAGUAAAGGUGCUGGCUAGUAAUUACGCAAACAUCCUGUAUUUAAACUCAUUUUCAAUUAAAUAAACAAUUUAUAAUGCAACAAAAGGAAUUGCUGAAACUUCAUUGCGUAUGUAGUGUCAAAGUAAAUGUCAAAAUAAACUUGGAAGACAGCAUAAAUUAUAGUAGGUGAUAUGAUCAUUAGAUAGAGGAUAAAAAGCCCUUUAAAACGAGCGUUCGAACAAGUCGAUAGCUUUAUUAAUUCCGGAGAUAUAGCGAUUUUAGUUUCAAGUCGAUGCGGUGGCUGGUUUCGGAGAUAUGUAUAAGGAUUCGGAGUUUGUUUACGUUUCACUGUUGCACUCGCGAGUUCAUUGAUCAGUGCAUAGUAAAUUCUUGGAAAUACUACGCCGAAACUAGGUCACGACAGUCACGUACGCGGGGUAGGUCAGCACCACGCACGUGCAACAAGGAGGUCCAACCCUGAUAGACGAAUACAGAGAUAGUUGAAUUAAAAAAAUUACCAUUUACAUAAAUUACGAUAUCUCCGAAACGGAAAGUAGGAUCGACAAAAACCAAAAACCAUUUUAAAGGGGAGGCUUUGCCGCUUCUAACAAUGCCUCAA